UCUCUCUCUGUAAAUUUUGAAAAUCUUCAUGGAGACUACUACUCGAUGCUCCGUUCUCAUAGUUGGAGCUGGAAUUUCAGGAAUCUCGGCGGCCAAAUUGCUUGCCGAGAAUGGGGUGGAGGACGUGCUGAUAUUAGAGGCGGCGGAUAGGAUUGGAGGGAGAAUAAGGAAGGAGGAGUUCGGCGGUGUGACUGUGGAGCUUGGAGCCGGUUGGAUCGCCGGCGUCGGCGGAAAACAGUCCAAUCCAGUCUGGGAACUCGCUCGACAAUCGAACCUCCGUACAUGCUUCUCUGAUUACAGCAAUGCCCGUUACAACAUUUACGAUGACAGCGGGAAAAUAUUUCCGAGUGGAAUAGCGGCGGAUUCAUACAAGAAGGCGGUGGAGUCUGCCAUUAGGACGCUGAGGAAUGAAGAAUCUAAUCGUGAUGCUAAUGUUCCAGUCCUUGCUGAGACGCCAACGUAUUCUGAUUUCUGCAGAGUUCCGAAGACACCAAUUGAACUGGCAAUAGACUUCAUUCUGCACGACUUUGAAAUGGCAGAAGUUGAACCAAUAUCAACAUAUAUAGAUUUUGGAGAGAGAGAAUUCUUGGUAGCCGAUGAAAGAGGAUACGAGUGCUUGCUGUAUAAAAUGGCAGAAAACUUUCUUUUUACCUCAGAGGGUAAAAUCUUGGACAGCCGCCUAAAACUCAACAAGGUUGUUCGGGAAUUACAACACUCGAGAAAUGGAGUUUCAGUGACAACCGAGGAUGGCUGCAUUUACGAAGCAAGUUACAUUAUUUUGUCUGUUAGCAUUGGUGUUCUCCAAAGCGACCUCAUCUCCUUUAAACCACCCUUGCCUAAAUGGAAAACAGAGGCCAUCACCAAUUGUGACAUUAAGGUGUAUACAAAGGUCUUCCUGAAGUUUCCCCAUAAGUUCUGGCCCAGUCAACCAGAAAAAGAAUUUUUUAUCUAUGCCAGCGAGCGGCAGGGGUACUACACGUUCUGGCAGCAUAUGGAGAAUGCGUAUCCAGGGUCUAAUAUCCUUGUCGUAACAUUGACAAAUGGAGAAUCAAAACGUGUUGAAGCUCAAUCAGAUCAACAAACCAUGAUAGAAGCAAUGGAAGUACUAAGGAAGAUGUUUGGACCUGACAUUCCAGAUGCCAUUGCCAUACUCGUGCCGCGGUGGUGGAACAAUCGCUUCCAACGUGGUAGCUACAGCAAUUAUCCUAUCUACAUUAAUCAUCAACUCUUAGAUGAUAUUAAGGCACCACUUGGACGGAUAUAUUUCACUGGGGAACAUACAAACGAAAAAUUUAAUGGCUAUGUGCAUGGAGCUUACCUUUCAGGUAUCGAAACCAGUGAAGCUUUACUAGAAGAAAUGAGAACAGUGAAGCAAAGAGAUGGCAAAAAUCAAGAUUUUCGAGCAGAACCUUUGCUAGCAUUUUCGGGAUCCUUAACAUUUGCACAACCUGAUGAAGCAUCAAAUUUCCAUAAAUUCAACAUACCUAGACAGCUCUUCCUUCACAGUAGUAGUAAACCGAGACUUCCAGAAGUUAUCUUAUGACUAAAUGGACUUCCAGAUAUAUCAUCUUCCUCCAGAAAUAACAUUCUGAUCGAUGACAAAAAUGGCCCGCCGGAUAUGGAUAGCAAUGGUUGCAGUAUAUGCACACUGAAACAGCCGAUGAGUGGAAUGGACAGUUAGAUAUGGAUAGCAAUUGUGGCUCUCAAUUCUCAUGGACACUGCUAGAGAAUUGAUGAGCAAUGGAUGAACUGAUUUGUUCUCCUUGAAUUCCCCGAAGGAUAACUGCAGACACCUGUGUCCUCAGUGAAUACUAAGAGCAAAAAGUAACAUCAAUGCUCUUAGACAAUUAAUAGCAGUAUAUCCUGUUCUUUUUACAUUUAAUUAUACUUUCAUUUGCUUUUUCUUCUGGUGCAAAACACAUUUUUCUCAUCUGAUUCGUUAUUCUUCUUUUUUGAUGUUGUCCACCUAUUGACAUCUUUCACAGUAUUAUAGAGCUAUGGGACUGUUCUUGUUACUCUAGUUGGUUGACAAAAAAAAGUUUGUUAUUGCACUCAUCUUUAGCUUUGUUUAUUUCCAUAUGUUAGAAUUUAAAUUAGGAUUGUCUUGUACAGAAUAGAAAUUUGAUUUUAUUA